AUGGUCCUGGUCUCUCCGCGCGGGCGAGCCACCGAAGGCUGCGACCCCGAUCCCAAGUGGUCCGAGCUCGACAGGAAGAACGCCUCGCGGUACGCCAAGGAGCUGGCGCACCUCAAGGGCAAGUUUGAGAAGGAGGAGCGCCUGCGGAAGAACGCCAUCAAGAACCUCAACAGGGCGCACAACGCGCUGGCGGCGGCCAUGAAGGAGUUCGAAGUGGCGCGUGAGGCGCUCCUGGGGCUGGAGGAGCAGCUCAGCGAGAAGCGCGCGGAGCAGACCCAACAGCGGAUCAUCGCCCUCGAGCACUACCUCUCGGUCGAGGCGGCGGGCCUGCAGGAGGCCGAUGGUGAGGAACGCCGUAGCGCGCGACCGCGCAGUGGAAGCCGCGAGCGCAAGGACGAGGAGGUGAAGAAGGAAAGGCGGGACAAGGAGGAGAGGGACGACCGCAAGCCACGCGGCCCCUCGUCCGGCAAGCAGCAGCAGCAGCAGCAGCAGGAGAAGAAUAAGGACAAACCGUUGGGCGGCGGCGGCGGCGGCAAGUCGAGCAGGGAAAAGGCCGCCACCCUCAGGUCUCCGCGGAGCAAGGCCGCAGAGAAGAAGCCCUGA